AAACAAGUAUGUCACAGGAAGUAGAUUUGGGUUCGACACCGAUGGCAGUCGAACAAGGCGACGGUGCAUUAGCAUCUGAUUCGUCGUUGGAACGAAACACGAAUCGUUUCGUCGGAGCUCUUGUGGAGUCACAAGAGGUGCAUUUCAUAACCGGAAGUUCGUACGAGGGAACUUGGGAUGCUCUUGGAAUGGCCGGGGUUGGAAGAUAUGUGCUGCCUAAUGGCACAAUUUACGAAGGUGAAAUCAGAGAUGGAAUGUUUCACGGUCAGGGCUCCUUCUAUUGGACCGGAAAUCGACGUCUUGACGUCGUCCAUAUUCGGGGCGAGCUCAAAGAAUACAAAUAUCAAUUUCCAGAUGAUCUCAAUUACGAAGAUAUAAAUGGGGAAUAUUGCAAAUUUCCAGACAGAAGGUUCCACGAGAGUAUGAAGAAGGGCUUGAAACCUGGUGGGCGAACACUGAAAACCGCACGACCAACUGCCAAAGUUCUUCCGGCUGGCUGUUACGACACGGGAGACGGUGUCUUUUAUCCAAAAACGCAGCGUAUCACGUCUUACGAUGACUCCAAAGAGGUGCUGAGAAUCCCGUCGGCAGAAGAAUAUUCGUGGAUUCUGGAAAAAUGUCGUAAGAGUUGGUCCGAACCGACUGGGUAUCGAGCGGAGUUGAACGAAAACUGGGCCGAAAAUCCGCCAAAUUUACCUUACAAUCUCCCAAUGUCACAGGAUUCGCCGGACCGCUGGUGGAAAAGACUUACGACUUUCGCAAAAGAUCCCGAUUUUCUGGCUGGAAGAAACGAAAAAGAUGCAUCCAGCUUCGGACUUAAUGACGGAACCGUUUCGAUCCCGAAAGUAUGCAUAUGCGACGGAACCGUACUCAUUGGUGAACCUUGUCGUUGCAUCCUCUGCUCCUCGGGCUACGAGCAGGGAGAAUAUGGAGAGUCGAGGAGUGGCGAAAUGUAUAAAAAUCAGUGCGAAAGAUUCGAAUGGAGCAGCUCAGAAAUGCACGUGAAUUCGGCUUCAAAUGCUCGUGCUGACAUUCCGGAGGACCUUAAUGCUGAAAAAUCUUUAAUAAAAUUUCGAAACGAUAAAAAAUCGAUGAAAUCGAUACAAACGUUAAAAAUGGGGGAGCCGGAAUAUCGGACAAAAGACGAGAGCCAAACGAACGAACUCGUUGGACGAAGCCAAACAAACAUUGAAUCAAGAAGUAUUAGAAAUGACUUUGGAAAAUCGACGACCAAUGAAAAAAGUGACGGACGCCCCCUUAAAGAAAAUCGUAAGCGUGAUGACGACCCAUCGAUGAGCACAGUGGACAUGGAUAAACACCUUAAAAAAAGUUCUGCAGAAAAAUCGUUCAGUAAAAAAAAACUUGAUUCCUCAACUGAGUUAAAACCGAGCGAGAAAGUCUCGAGAGUGAGGCUACCGGAAGUGAACGAAUUUCGUACGCUCGACAUGAAACUUUUACCAGAAAAUUUGUCGCAGAAAAAUCGCGAACGAAUGACAAUCGAAUCUGAGCGCGGACUUCCGGGCAAUCGGGAAACCGGAAAUUCCGUUGAAUUCGUAGGUCCAACGAUCGAUGAACACAGUCAUGUAUCCAGAGAUAAAUUGAACUUAGAAUCACCAACAAUUGAUGAAGAAUUGAGUGGGAAAAAGGAACUCAAAGACGAGAAACCGGAUAACUUGGUCGAAUUACUCGUCGACAAUAAACACUCAUCAGGGGAAGCAAAAACCGGAUAUUUCGCUACAAAUACUUCAGAAAAUGCGCAACCUGCCAACUUCUCUCGAUCCCAUUCCAUCCAAAAUCGUCAAUCGGUCAUCGAAGCUGAUGGAAAAAUAAAAGAUCGUGAGUCUUCGACUGUGAAAACAGAUGCGAAGAAGAAAUUGAAAAACGUUUUUAAUGACAAAACUCCGUUGACUUCUCGGGGCACAUCUACAGAGAAAAUGAUUUCAGUGUCCCCUGCGAAUGGAGAUUCAAAAUAUUCGGCCAACGGAAUAUCAGAUGUCGGACUAGGAAGAAGUAGGUCGACGCACCACGAAGAGCCACCAUUAGCAUCAAAGGUCGGAAUAUCGGAACUCGACGACCUCGAGAAACCUCGAUCCACUAAACCUGAAUCUGAGUCAGAAUCAACAGACGAUAAUAACGUGAGAUCGGAUUCGGAAAAACACUUAAAAAUUUUUAUUUCAUCGGGAUCUGAGACGAACGAAGAGGUAUCAAAAGCGUCGGAAAUUAUUCCUGAGGAAAAAAGUUUCGUAAUAUUGAGUUCGAGAAACGUGGAAAACUCGAGUUCGGCCGGUUUCUCUUCCAAAUGGGACGAAGGGAGCUCCGUUUCAUCGAGAGAAGACUUAACGAGCCUCGAUAAAGUGCAUCCUUCCCUCGCGACACUAAAAUCCAAGAAGCAGGAAUUUUCGAAAGAUCAAAGACUCCUUGAGAUUUAUAAGAAACAUUCGAAUACGAAGAAAUCAACGGAUGAACCAGUGAAAUCGACCGUUUGGCGAUUAUCCAGUGCGAAUUUUAACUAUGGACCAGAGACCAAGAUAAAGAAUUUGCUCUUCCAUCCUGCUUUAACGGCACCGAGAUCUGAAAACGUGGUUUACGUGAGGAAGCCCUGUGACCACAGGGCCUGCACAACAUCGAUACGGGAAGUGAGGGCCACUGCAUCACGCACUGGAAAGGAAUAUCCUUCCAACAUUCCAACCAAGACGUCGAGUUCCCAUAGCAAUGUGAAGGAGAAGAAAUAAUUUUAUAACGUAAACGCAUGGAAACAAAGAUAAGACAAUGAAAACGAAAAAAAUGAAAUUUAAGAGAAAAGAAUGCUUUUU